GGGGGCUUGGAAAGACGCAGAAUCAGACCAACUCACUAGAAAACCUCCGCAAUUUUCAUGGCGUCUGAAUAAAAAUGUCUGCUUCAACAGUCUUCGAUUGAGUCAUCUAAUCUCCUCCUCCCAGGUUCUUAUUAUCAUUAUCUCUUUAUCUAUUUCCAAAUAGUACUACUAAUCAUGUAUUCUAACUUCAUGAAAUCUCAAGCAUUUCCAUUAGUUUUUAGGGUUUCAACAAGACCCAUAUGUCUUAAACCCUCAAUCAAUACUCACCCUUUCUCAAAUGGGUUUUUCUUAAACCCUAUGGAAGCUAUCAAAACUCGAAAAUUCUCAUCUGGGUCUGUUAGUAGAACUAGAAAUUCCUCAGUGAUUAGAGCUAGGGGUUCCUCUUCUUAUCAAAGAGAUUUUAAUGGUAAUAAUAGAGGUAGAAAUGGAGGCAAUAGAACUAAUAGAGUUAGCAAAUUGGAGAAAGCAAGUGCUGAAGUGUCUACUCGUUCUUCUUGGGAAGAUGCUGCUGAUAAUUUCUUUGAUAAACAUGGUGGAAGAGAGUCAGUGGAGUUGAUUGCUAAGGCUAGAACAGGAGGUAAUGGAGAAAAUCGUCAAGGAAGGAUUGUGAUUGAAAGGAAUGAGGAUAGGGUGGCUUCUGAUGGAAAAGGUGAAGAAAUUGGUGGUGCUGAUUUUGGAGGGGAUAAGGGUAGAACUAGGUAUACAAGAGUGACAGAUAGAGACAAUGGUUCUGAAAGACGCGAUUCUGGCAGAUGGAAUAGAGAGAAUGGUUCUGAAAGACGCGAGUCUGGUAGAUGGAAUAGAGAGAAUGGUUCUGAAAGACCUGCUGGCGGUAGAUGGAAUAGAGAGGGCGGUUCUGAAAUGCGUGAGUCGGGGAGAUGGAAUAGAGAGAAUGGUUCUGAAAGACCUGCUGGCGGUAGAUGGAAUAGAGAGGGUGGUUCUGAAAUGCGUGAGUCGGGGAGAUGGAAUAGAGAUAAUGGUUCUGAAAGACCUGCGGCUGGUAGAUGGAAUAGAGAUAAUGAUUCUGCAAAAGCUGAAUUUGGUAGAGGGAAUAGGGAGAAUGGUUCUGAAAACCCUGAAUUCGGUAGAUGGAAUAAUGGAAGUUGGGGUAGAAAUGCAUGGAAAGAAGCUACUGAGUCGACCUUGCCGAAGAUGGUAGGUGAAGGGAUUUAUGGAGUUGGACCUGUUUUAGCUGCGUUGUCAGCUGGAAGAAGAGAGUUCUAUACUUUACAUGUCCAAGAAGGUUUGGAUUUGAGUAGCAAUAACAAGAAGAAGAAGGACAAGAAAGGGUUCGAGAAGGUUUUGAAGAUAGCUGAGAAAUUGGGAUUAACUGUUAUACAUACUCCGAAACAUGAUCUGAAUAUGAUUGUGGAUAAUCGGCCGCAUCAGGGAUUAGUACUAGAUGCUUCCCCAUUGGAGAUGGUAAGGGUACGGGAAUUGGAACCUGUAUCAGUUGAAGGAGAAAAGGCCCCUCUUUGGGUUGCUUUAGAUGAAGUUACAGACCCUCAAAAUUUGGGGGCCAUUAUUCGAUCUUCUUAUUUCUUUGGAGCUGAAGGCGUGGUACUAUGUGCAAAAAAUUCUGCUCCAUUAAGUGGUGUGGUGAGUAAAGCUAGUGCAGGAUCUCUAGAAUUAAUGGAGCUCAGAGAUUGCAAGAAUAUGAUGCAGUUCUUAGCAUCAUCUGCGGAUAAUGGUUGGCGGGUUCUUGGAGGAUCAGUUUCUUCAAGAGCUGUUCCUUUGAAUGAGGUUCCAGUGGGUGUUCCUACAAUUCUUGUAUUGGGAAGUGAAGGGACUGGGUUGAGGCCUUUGGUUGAGAGAUCUUGUACUGACUUGAUUAGAAUCCCUGGAAAUAUUCCUGAGGAUAUUUCUGCUGCGGAUGCUGAAGACGAAAACACUGAGCAGGUUGAUCGUGCCUCCUCGGGGGAGGAAUUUCGAUCUUUUCUGGCCGUGGAGAGCUUAAAUGUCAGUGUUGCUGCUGGUGUGCUUCUUCAUCAUUUGGUUGGAGUCGGUAACACCAAUUCUUCAGUAGCUAACAGUGAAGUAAAUGUGCUUGAGUGAGAAUCAUUUUUCGAAUCUGUAGGUUUUUAUUCUAAUCUUGACAAUCAUAUACGUCAUCUUUUCUUUAUUGUGCUUUGCAAGUUUUUUGUUCAGCUGUCGAGAAUCAUGAGUUAGAGCCAAAUUAGUAGGAAUAGGAAUGAAAUUCAUCACAAUUGUUAGUAAUUUCAGACCGUAGUUGCAGGCAUGUUGAAUGCUAGAGAUAUAAUAUUGAUUCUUGGCAUGUCUUCUUGUUUCUCUGCCUAUGUUAUGGUUUAAAGAAAAUAGGAUGAGUCAAGUAAAUUCGAUAUCA